AUGGAUCAUAUGUGUAUAAACGAAAAACCAAAUAUUGAUAGAAAAAUUGAAAAAGGUCGUCGUCAUGCUGGUUAUGCUAAAUUAAAAAAACACUUAUCAAAAGAUGCUUAUUUAUCAAAAGAUAUUGUUUUUAAUGGUAAAAUAAGAGUUCGUGAUAAAAAUAAAAUAAUCAGUGAUACAACAUUAACUGAUUCAAUUUCUUUAAAUGUAUCAUAUUCAUUGAAUAGAAAAAAUCGUUGGAAUACUAUUUCUCCAAUUACCUUAAAUAUCAAUGCUCUUAAUUCUAUGCCAAAUGAUGUGUCUUCUGUUGCUGUUGUUGAACAAAUGAAUACUGUUCCUGAUAUUGGAUGCCAAAAUAUAAAAACUAAAAAACAUUUAACUGAAGGAUGUGUAACUGGAAUAACAAUGAGUGAUCAAAAUGGAUAUAUAAAAAUCAAAGAAUCAAAUAGUUCUUCAGGUGCUAAUCUUUCUUCAUUGUUAGGAUAUAAUAAAAAAAAUAAUGAAACAAAUGAAUUAGUAGAAAAAAAUGACUAUGAUGAUUCUUAUGAUUCAAGUAAAGGAAAAGCACAAAUUCGUUAUCGUAUUAAUACAUCACAUAAAAAUACUGACUAUUCAGUUUGUAAGCAUUUUAAACAACGAUUAAAAGUUGCAAAAGCUUCUCAAAAACAAGGUAAAAAAUGUAAAAAAAUUAAUAAGAAAGUAGAAAUUGAUUUUAAUGAUUUGAUAAGUGAUGAUGAAGAAGAAAUUAAUAUUUUUAAGGAAUCACCAUCAACAAAUAAACAGAUAACUUCACAAUUUGUAUUAUCUGAUUUUAUAAAAGAAUCAUCUCCAUCAAUAAUAGAUCUAGAAUCAAUUCAAAGUAUUGGUGAAAUGUCAAACUCAAAUGAUGAUAAAAUAAAACCUAAAAAUUUGUUAACAUUUCCUGAUCAAAUAAGAAUUUUAACAAUAUUUGAUGAGAUUAAAAUUAGUACUUCAAAAUGGGAUAAUUUUAAUUUUGUUAAAGAUAUAGAUAAACUUUUAGGUGAAAAUAUUUACAAUAUGAAAUGGAUUGACGAUAACAAAACUCGAGUUCUAGUAGAUUUAAGUGAAGCUAUUCAGUUUAUACAUCCAAAAAAUAAGAAAAUGAAAAUGAUGGUAGUUAUAAAAAAAUCAGAAGACAUCAAAGACACUUUAAAGAUUCUUUUCAAUACUAAUUUUGAAAUUUCAAAUGUUAUGAAAUUUGAACAAGUUAAAAGAAUUAUUAAAAAUGACAUUUGUGUUGCAAACAAAAAUAUGGCUUCUAUAAAGGAUCUUAUUAAAUCGUGUAUUACUGUUGGAAAAUGUUAUUAUAAACUAAGUGAAGAAAAAAAUAAAAAAGAUAAAACAGAAAUUAAUGAUUGGAAUGAAUUUGACAUCAAUUACAAUUCGGAUUUACUUUCUGAAACUAUAAUACCUAUUAAUGAAUAUCAAUUGUAUGAAAUCUUGACAAAUGAAGUAUCCAAUGAUCUGGAGAAUUCAUUAUCUGACGAUGAAAAAUCUGUUCUUGAUAUACAGUCAGAUGAUAAUUUUGAAAAGAUAAAUAUUAGUGAUUUGAAAGAAAUGGAUAUAGAAAAAGAAUUUGAACAUAUUAUGGUGAAAUGUGAUAUAUGUGAAGCAUCUUUAUGUUUUGAUAAUACUAUUAUUCUUAAUGAAUGUAGACAUAGUUUUUGUAGUGAUUGUAUUACAAGACAUUUUUACAAUCAAAUACGUCUUGAAGAGAUACCAUUGAAAUGUCCACAAUGUCAAAAAUUUGUUUCACUUGAUAUUUUACCCGUUAUAUUUCCACUUCCAUUAAUUUCAUUUUAUAUAUAUCUUCGAUAUACUAAAAAAAUGGAAAAAGAAGGAUUUGAUAUUAUAUAUUGUUUAAAAUGUAAAGAUAUAGCUACUAAAAGUUUAGAUAAUCCUUACAAUAUAGUAAACUGUCCAAAUUGUAAUAUUUGUUGGUGUAUCUUAUGCAAAAAGGCUCCACAUUAUCCAUUAAAAUGUAAACAAAGUGUAGAAUGGAAAGAAAGAUUCAAUAAAAGAAUUGAUUUUGAUAAUAUAUUUGAUAAAAACUAUUGUAACAACGCAAAUUGCCAAACAUGCCGUACUCAUUGGUGUGUUCUUUGCAAAGAAACACCACGUCAUCUAUUGACAUCUAAACAAGAUGUUGUAGAAUCUAAGGAACAAAAUAAAGAUUCAGAGUGUAAGCCUAUGUAUUGGGGAUAUUGGUGGCCUAGAUAUUGUAAGUACUGUAAAGUUUCUAUUUGUUUUGAAUGCAAACGCGCUGAUAACUCAUGUUUAUGUAGAAAAAACAUUGAAGGAAGAGAAGAAUCUACUGAAUUGUUAGGAGAUAAAAAUAAUUUUAAUACAAUUGACAGAAACAACUAUAUUUCUCAACAAUUUUUUGAUAAAAUUAAUGAAAUACACAAAAUUCGUUUUGAUAACUUACAGUUUGUAGCACUUUUUAGACAAUGGAGUAAAAAACACAACCCAAAUUCCGAUAAAACUUAUAUACAAUUACGAAAAACUCUUCUUUAUUUAUGUGAAUAUUGUUAUGGAUGGCUUUAUUUGAAUAGAAAAAAUAAACCAGAAAAUUAUACAAAAAUUAAAAAUAUAUUAUCGGAUUCAUUUAUUCACCUUAAAACUGUUGAUAGAAUCAUAGCGAAUAAUUUAAGUGAAAAUAUAGAUAAUCGAUUGAAAAAAAUAAAAAAGAAUAUAGAUAUAAUUUUGAAUGAAUUUUCAAAUUAA